AAAGACUUUUUUGGAUAAACUGGUUAACUAAAGACUUGGUUGAUCUCUUCUAAAGACUUGGUUGACUGUGGGACUUGCUUACAAAACUUCGAAUUGAUACCCCGAGAAUUCCCCGGUUGCACACAACUUAGGUCCUCUCACAGUCGAGAAAUAACAAUCACAUUAGAUAAUAAAACCCCUUUCAUCAAUUCAGCUAUGGAUUUGAAUGCCAUUAUGUUUCAGGGUACCAUCUUACUUCUAUUCUCUUGGUGCACCAAUGCAGCUGAUAGCAUUACUCAAUCCCAGACAAUCAGCGAGGGCAGAACUUUGGUGUCAGCAGAUGGAAGCUUUGAACUGGGUUUCUUUAGUCCAGGUAGUUCCACCAAUCGUUACUUGGGAAUAUGGUACAAGAAUAUCCCAGUUAAAACUGUUGUUUGGGUAGCAAACCGACGCAACCCAAUCAAAGACUUGUCUGGGGUGUUGAUGAUAAACAACACUAGCAAUCUUGUUCUUCUCAGCCAGAAUACUACUAGCAUUGUUUGGUACGCAAAUUCAACAAAACAAGCUUCGAAUCCAAUAGUACAGCUUUUAGAUUCUGGGAAUUUAGUAAUAAGAGAUGGGAAUGAUGGAAAUUCAGGAAACUAUUUGUGGCAAAGCUUUGAUUUUCCUACUGAUACAUUGUUAUCCGGAAUGAAGCUUGGAUGGGACUUAAAAUCUGGUCUUGUCCGGACUUUAUCAGCAUGGAAGAAUUGGGAUGAUCCAUCUCCUGGAGACUUUACCUGUAGAAUGGAACUUCAUGAAAAUCCUGAAGCAGUUAUGUGGAAAGGCUCAGAGGAGUACUACCGGAGUGGCCCGUGGAAUGGCCUUAGAUUCAGUGGUGCACCGGAGUUAAGGCCCAACCCCGUUUUCAAGUUCAAUUUCGUCUCCAAUGAGAACGAGGCAUACUAUGAGUACCACAACUUAGAUAAAUCAGUAAUCUCAAGAAUGGUUAUGAACCAAACCAACUAUUCCCGUCAACGAUUCAUAUGGAUUGAAGCAGAUUCAACUUGGAGUCUGUAUGCAUAUGUGCCAAGAGACAAUUGUGACAGUUACAACCUUUGUGGUCCCUACGGAAAUUGUAUCAUUGGUGGUUCACCAAUCUGUCAGUGUUUAAAAGGAUUCCAGCCUAAAUCACAACGAACAUGGAACCCAAUGAACUGGUCUCAAGGAUGCGUACGCAGGACACAAUUGAGUUGCCAAGGUAAAGAUAAAGAUGGGUUUCUAAAAUUUGGUGGGCUCAAGUUGCCAGAUGCUACAAACUCUUGGGUGAGCAAAAAUACGAGCCUUGAAGAAUGCAGGAUCAAAUGCUUGAACAAUUGUUCAUGUAUGGCUUAUACAAAUUCAGAUAUCAGAGGAGGAGGUAGUGGCUGUGCCAUUUGGUAUGGAAAUCUAAUUGAUAUUAGACAACUUUCAGCUGGUGGGCAGGAUCUGUAUGUUCGAAUGGCUGCUUCAGAGUUAGGAGAGGCCAAAGAUGAGCAAAAGACAAGGGUCAUAGUGAUAGUUAUAGUUGCAGUUGCCGCUGCCCUAAUUCCUGGGAUGCUCUUAAUUGCCUAUCUCAUUUGCAAAAGCGGGAAAAAGUUCAGAGAGAAAAUGGAGAACAACAUGAUCAUAGAUCGGAGCAUUAAACGCCAAAGAAAAGAUUUGGAGCUCCCAUUCUUUGACCUGUCUACAAUCAAAAAGGCCACAGACAAUUUUUCAAGCAACAACAAGCUUGGGGAAGGUGGUUUUGGACCUGUAUACAAGGGUACACUAAUAGAUGGACACGAGAUUGCUGUAAAGAGACUUUCACAAAGUUCUAGACAAGGAUUGAAUGAGUUCAUAAAUGAAGUAGAAUUGAUUGCCAAACUUCAGCAUCAAAAUCUUGUUAGGCUUCUUGGUUGUUGCAUUCAAGGAGAGGAGACAAUGCUAAUCUAUGAAUAUAUGGCCAACAAAAGCUUGGACUCCUUCAUUUUUGAUCAAGCAAAAGGCAAAAUUCUACCUUGGUCUAAGCGGUUCCACAUUAUUAAUGGCAUUGCUCGGGGGCUUCUCUAUCUUCAUGAAGAUUCCAGACUAAGGAUUAUACACAGAGAUCUUAAACCAAGUAAUGUAUUACUUGAUAGUGAGAUGAACCCAAAAAUAUCAGAUUUUGGCUUGGCUAGAAUAUUUGAAAGAAAUCAAAUUGAAGGAAAUACAAAUAGAGUGGUUGGAACUUACGGUUACAUGGCACCUGAGUAUGCCAUUGAUGGACUUUUCUCAGUAAAAUCCGAUGUCUUUAGCUUCGGAAUUUUAUUACUAGAGAUAGUAAGUGGAAAGAAGAAUCGAGGGUUUUACCAUCCAAACCAUAGUCUUAAUCUCACUGGACAUGCAUGGAAAUUAUGGAGAGAAGGCAAGCCUUUGGAACUAAUUGAUAUGUGCUCAGACAACUCUUGCACUCUACCAGAGAUGUUGCGUUGCAUCCAUGUUAGUCUCUUAUGUGUGCAACAACUUCCGAAGGAUAGGCCCAACAUGUCAUCUGUGGUUAUGAUGUUAGGCAGUGAGAGUUUACUACCUGAACCUAAAGAACCUAGUUUUCUUAUAGGAAAAAAUUCACUUGAUGUGGAUUCCUCAUUGAGCAAACAUCAAUCGUCUUCAACAAAUGAAAUAUCUAUUACACAACUAGAGGCACGAUAGAGGAUUAUUCUAUCAUAUGUACCAUACUGCAUAUCCUAUAAUCAAUAUCGUUUGUUA